UUCGCGCGCUUGUCUCAUUCAUUGUCAAAUUUGUAUCUCGACGAUUAUAGACUUUAAAAACCAGUGUAAGAAGUGAGAGUGAUCAUUGGAGUUGUGUUUUUAGUUCAAGCAAAACUUUCUCACUUAGUGAAUAGAUUUUCGUAAUAUAAGUAGACUUAUAACGAAGUUGCCACUCGUUUAUUGAUUUCCUUAUAAAAACCUAUAAGGAAAUAAAUACAACAAGAGUAUAAUGAAACUCAUUACAUUUACCGUGUGUUUUAUUCUACAACUAAGUAUAUGUUGGAACAAAGAAAGAUAUAAUCCGAUCAAUGACUUCUUAUUACAUGAAGCAGGUGGCCCUGUGACGCCUUUUAAUAAGGAUAGUAAUGCUCAAUUCCCAACAUUGAGGCCUCCUUCACCAGCUCCAACUCAGUCUACACAUAGCUCUUCAGCACCGUUACAUAAAACAUCGCCUCAAAAUAAUAAAAGGGACUAUGUAGCUUCUCAAUUUCCAACUUUAAAACCGAUUACAAGUACGUCGAUGGGAUAUAAUAAGCCCCAGACUAAUCAAACUCCACAACCUUCAUCAAAAAGAGACUACGUUGCUCCCCAAUAUCCAACACUUAAGCCUUCGUCCUCACCAACAACGAAACAAACGAACAUCGGAACAACCCAAAAGAUGUCAACACCACCAAAAAGAGACUAUGUGGCUCCAAGUUUUACAACACCAAAACCUAUGGAAAACAAAAAUGAUCAAUCUGGGAAAGUGAAAGAUUUAAUAAAUUUCUAUGACGGUAAAGGUAAGCAAGAUGGUCCUACUUUACCCAAAGUACCGAGCUAUAGCUCAAUCUUAAAGAACCCAUCUGCUACUCCUCAAACAAUCACGGUGAAACCAACUCAAGGGUCAUUUACGAAUACUCCCACAAAGCCUGGAUCUUGGAGUUCAAUAGUAUCCGGUUCCAAAAAUACAAUGCCGCAACCGGCCUCUCCCACAAACAAACCGAAACCGACGGUUUCAACUAGUACUGCAAAUAAGCCAAACGUGUUACCUAGUGCCAUUUUAAACAACAACAAUAACAAUAAACAGGGAUCAACAACAAUAAGUGACGCUGAAUUGCAAGUAGUAAGCGAAGAACUGCUAAAAAAAGAUGUAAACAAUGCAGCCAAAUAUGUAACAAUAAAUUAUCAAGAAAAGACAACGUCCCAGGAAAAGCAAGACAAGGCGUCAUCGCCAUUACUCACUAUAUCACCUGAAGCAUGGAAUAUACCGACAAUUCAGAAAUUCGUACCGCUUUUAGAUAAUUACGAGAGGGAUACUUUAGUGAAUGAAUAUGUAACGGCUCAGGAAAGAAAUGAAGAAAAUGCGUUUAUGGACGCUAUCAUGUCGACGUCGGUAAUUCGUUACUUAAUGAACUUUUUAAAGGAAAAAGGCCAAGUAAGCCAAGAUCCUCGCCAACAGAGAGAUUUUCUGAAGCAAUUAUGGUUUGGACUAUACUCGAGAGGAAUGGGAAAGAUCAGUAGCUCCGGAUUUGAACACGUAUUUGUAUCAGAAUUGAAAAAUGACCAAAUAUUGGGCUUACACAAUUGGAUAUACUUCUCCAAGGAAGAAGCAGCAAAUAGAGCGAAUUACUUGGGAUAUCUGAAAUAUAUAAACCUUGGCGAUAAAGGCACUAUCAUGAAAAUACACUUCGAUCAGCAAGGUGUCAUUAAACCAGUGGGCGCAAUGUUUAUAGGAACUUCCCCAGAAUUAGAAAUCGCACUAUACACGCUAUGUUAUGUCACACGGGUGGAAAACGAUUGCAAAUUGAAGCUUGCAAAUAACGACGUCAAUAUUGUUACGUACAAAUUUAGAUAUCGCAGCAAAAAUUACAUAGGGAGUGCUUAUCCUCAAAUUUAAUUCAAUUGAAAGCAUUUGACAAUAAUAAAACAUCUCUGAACAUCUCUACUUAUUUAUGUGAAAAACAUACUCAUUU